AUGCUAAUAAUCUUUGGUUUUCUUUUUGAAAUGUGCUUUAUGCUUUCCAUUUGCAAAAUAUUUUAUGGGUAUGUCUAAAAAUGUGAUUUUAUGUACCCUUUUUCUUGGGUUUAUGCUAAUCUUUAGUUUUCUUCAUGAAAUUACUUUAUGAUUUUCACAACUCAUGUUCUUGACUUCUUCUUAUGCUUCAUCUUCAAAUUGAUUGUGAUAUGGGUCAAUGUCAUAGUUAUUGCCCUUUUGCUUGGAUUAGGUUAUGGGUGGAUUGCAUGGGAAACCUAAAUUUCGGGUUGGUAUCAUUUUCAAUUCAUUUUUUCUUCCUUUCUCCCAUCUUUUUCCCAUAUUUCUUUAGUGUAUGAAACCAUUUUUCUGGUUUCAAUUCAGCAUAUUAAAUAGCCCACUUUCUUGGUUGCAAUUUUAUUGGAAUGCAUUGUUUCUUUUCGUUAUGGGGUGUCUUUAUUUUGCUGCUAUCAUUAAUUCAUUAUGCUUUUGAUUUUGCUCUUUGAUUUCAUUUGUGGUCUUCAUUUGAUUUGUUAACAUAGCAUAUAUAUGCUUGGAUUUGAUCUAGCAUACCUUGUUGGAUUUGUUUGGUGAAUUGAAUUUUGAAGUAAUGGAGAAAAAACAACUUAACUUUAGUGUUCCAUUAAUGUCUGCAAGGAGAUAUUCAUCUCCAUUGCGCUCGUCUACUGACGAGAACAAAAGGGAUUCUCCUCCCAAGAAUCUGAACUCAGUUCGUUCUCAAUCAUUAGACAUAAAUUUGGAUGAGGUGGUGAAACCGGGAUCUGUUCCUUUCGUGUGGGAGCAAAUUCCGGGGAGAGCAAAAGGUGGAGAUAAAUCUCACAUACCGAGCUCUCGAGAGGUUCCUACGCUUCCUAAGCUUCCUCCUACUAUGCCUUUUCCUCCUGGAAAAAGGUCAGGGGAAUCGAAUGGUUUUAGAACACCCAAUAUGUUAUCCGGGGAGUUGGCAGUUCUUAGACCACGAAACAAAUUUUCUGGUGAGCUAAAUAUUCUAAGACCCCGUUAUUAUUCAGGGGAGCUUCAUACCCUUCGACCUAACAAAUUUUUGGGUGAGCUUAACACCCCACGACCUCAUAAAAAAAUCUCGGGGGAGCUUAAGACCCUAAGGGCCAAUUUUUCCUCCUCGACUGAUGGUGUGGCUAGAUGGGAUACUUCGAAAGUGGAAACUGAACCGACUGAAAGUUCUGAGACGGAAGAUGACAAUGCUACAUUUUCUGAUGCAAUCGAGACCUUUUCUCAGCACGAGUCCUUUUCUAUCAACUGUAGUGUAAGUGGGUUGAGUGCAUCAGAACGCCUCGAGACCAAACUUCCUGACAACCUUCCUACUGAUCCAAAAGCUCGCGACUUUAUGAUGAACCGUUUUUUACCUGCAGCUAAAGCAAUGACACUCGAGCCUUCUCAGUACGCGACUAGGAAGCAGCUUGUAGUUGUUGAGCAAUCAAAGGAGGUUAAAGCUUCGGUUCCUAGAGCUAUGACGCCUCCGCCUACUCGAAGCAUGUGCAACAUCGUACCUUACAUGGGUCAAGAUAUUGGAUCAGACGAAGAAAGCGAUGAAGAUAGCUAUGAUGGGAGGAGCACUAUAUCAAUCAAAGUCAAAGCUUGUGGAUUCCUUCCUUGGUUUUGCUCGAAGAACGCUUUGCGUCUUGUUAAUCCACUCCCAUCUAUGAAGGAUAGAUCCAAAAGUGCUCUGUCUUCUGCAAGUAAACUCAGCAAAUUGGUAAAAACCAAAUCCCGGAGAUCAACUAGUCAAAAGACCGCUAAGGAUCCAUAUGAUAAUCCAAAGCAAAAGAUCCGUCAAGCGUACAAAAGUUGUGAGCUGCAGAAGCCGCCUACGUAUAGCAGGCCUAUGUUCUACUCUGGGGAGUUGCAGACUAGAAGCGGCUCUCCCUACCGAAGUUCCAGGAGGAGCAAUGCUUCUCCUUUUCAGAAUGAAUCACCGCAUUCUCUCCAUCAAAAAGGUGUUGGAUUUUUGGCAGUUCCCAAACGGGUCGACUCCUUUGAGGAUAACCGAUCAAAGAAUCCUCAAAAGGGUUCAAACAGACCGGAGGAACCUGGGAGAAAGGCUAGAAGUUCAGGCACAAGAACCCCAGUUGUCGAAAAAACAGUGUAUGUAGAUUCUGUAAAUAUCACCAAAGUCUCUCAGUCGAUUUUGAACUUGCCGAAGAACAAGAGGCAGGUAUUCGAUGAUUCAGUUGAAGAGGCUGUAAGAUUAGGGUAUGGAGGACGGUUGGAGCUUAUGAAGGCGAGAGGCAUGAGUGGCCCGCUGGUGCGUGAAGGACACACAAACCGCUGCAGGGAUCUUGUUUUAGUAUCUGCCGACGACACUACCAAGCCUUCACUCACACCCCCAUUACCCAAAUCGCCAUCAGAGUCUUGGCUUUCUCGACAAUUACCAUCAGUGUCCCCCCGGGUUUCACCAAGGAACUCGGUUUCUUACUCAAGUCUCAACUCGAAGCUUUUGUCUAGAAAGCCGAACAUCAAAACACCAACUUCCGGUGCCAAGUGGGAAACUAUCGUUAAAAGCUCUCAUUUACGCAAAGAUCAUGGGUGUUACUCAGAGGAACUGGUAACUCGGGUUUAUCAGCAAUCUCGGGUAUGGAAGUAAAGUCCCUAUACUAAUUACUCACCGGAUUACACAAGGAUUGUUUUACCAUAACUGAAGAUUUAUGUUUUAUCCUCAACAAUCUUCAGAUUUUCUUUUCAUUAUUUUUGGAGGCUGGUUAAUUUAUCACGUGUUUGCCGCCCUAUAGCUAUAUUUCAUCUGUUCCAUUUUGCUACAACACAAGAAGCUUCCACUUUGAUUUUGUGCUAUUGCAAAAUUAAAGAGACGGAGAAGUAUUUGCUUGCAACAAGUGGAUUUGUUGUGAACCAAUUAUACUCACUGCUUUAAGAACACAGCUUUUGUUCUGAUAUUUUGUAAUAGGAUGAACAUUGUUAGUAAUUAAUUAGCAUCAUUUUCAUUUGUCAAAAAAAAAAGAAAAUCUUUAAGAGUGUUCUUUAAUAGUUUGAAAGCUUAAGCUUUGUAUGUACAACAUGUAUUCCAUUAUUCUAAUGCAAAUUACUCUGAUUUACAAAUA